CCCAAAAUUUGAAUUCACUUCGCCCGCUACUCGCGAAAGUGUUUCUUCUUCGUCGGAAAACCCUCCAUUGAAACUCAACUCUUCUUCCUCUCUGUUACUCGAACUGUUCAUCUCUCUCUCUCUCUCUUUUCAUGGCCAAUCUGUGAAACAUGGCGGCGAUGGAGAAGCUAUUCGUGCAGAUCUUUGAGAGGAAGAAGUGGAUCAUUGACCAGGCCAAGCACCAGAUCGAUCUCUUCGACCAGCAACUUGCAUCCAAGCUCAUUAUCGAUGGAAUUGUUCCUCCGCCUUGGCUUCACUCGCCUUUUCUUCAUUCCAACAUUUCGUAUUUUGAAGGUGUAGGAGUGAGCAGGAAUUUUGUUCCUGGAGUUGAGGUCCCACGGUCGCCGCUUCAGACCCAUUGUUCUAGUUUGAAUGAGGCAUUUGUUGCAAACAGUGGGGAGGAGUUGCAGCAAAGGUCGAAUGAAGAUGCUGGUUCUUUAAACGAUGAUUUUGAUGCAGGAAAUAGGCCUGCAGUUUUACCUCAGUGCAAUGUAAGUGACGCCCGUGUCUUUAAUUGCGCACCUCGUGUUGACACAAGUCCUGUUUCUCCUCAAGGUCGAGGAGGCGGAGUUUUAGAAAAUUACCAAGAUCCUACUCUGUCACGGGCACGGUUACAUAGAUCUAAAUCUAGGCAAAGGGCUUUAGAGUUGCGUAAUAGCGCGAAAUCUGCUAGGUGCCACUCCCGAUAUGAGAACAAGAAUGAUUCCGUUGCUGAUGGGAUUGUGGGAUCUGCUAUUAGUUUGCUGCAGGCUGAUCACGAAGAUGAAUCAGAGUUGGCAAAGCCUUCUAGCAGCUGUAAGGGUAUUGGUUCUAUGGAAGAGGAGACUAAUGUUUGUUGCGAGCAGAAGAAUAUCUCUACUUGCGCUGAUAAAUCUAGGCAAAGGGCUUUAGAGUUGCGUAAUAGUGUGAAAUCUUCUAGGUGCCACUCCCGGUAUGAGAACAAGAAUGAUUCCGUUGCUGAUGGGAUUGUGGGAUCUGCUAUUAGUUUGCUGCAAGCUGAUCACGAAGAUGAAUCAGAGUUGGCAAAGCCUUCUAGCAGCUGUAAGGGAAUUGGUUCUAUGGAAGAGGAGACUGAUGUUUGUUGCGAGCAGAAGAAUAUCUCUAUUUGCUCUGAUAAAUCUAGGCAAAGGGCUUUAGAGUUGCGUAAUAGUGUGAAAUCUUCUAGGUGCCACUCCCGGUAUGAGAACAAGAAUGAUUCCGUUGCUGAUGGGAUUGUGGGAUCUGCUAUUAGUUUGCUGCAAGCUGAUCACGAAGAUGAAUCAGAGUUGGCAAAGCCUUCUAGCAGCUGUAAGGGAAUUGGUUCUAUGGAAGAGGAGACUGAUGUUUGUUGCGAGCAGAAGAAUAUCUCUAUUUGCUCUGAUAAAUCUAGGCAAAGGGCUUUAGAGUUGCGUAAUAGUGUGAAAUCUUCUAGGUGCCACUCCCGGUAUGAGAACAAGAAUGAUUCCGUUGCUGAUGGGAUUGUGGGAUCUGCUAUUAGUUUGCUGCAAGCUGAUCACGAAGAUGAAUCAGAGUUGGCAAAGCCUUCUAGCAGCUGUAAGGGAAUUGGUUCAGUGGAAGAGGAAACUAAUGUUUGUUGCGAGCAGAAGAAGAUCUCUAUUUGCUCUGGUAAAGUUACAAUAGUUGGAAGCCCUGGGUUGCAAAGUAGCUCUAUUGAUGUGGUUAAUUCUUUAAAUAUUUACUUAGAAAAUGAAGGGUUAUGUGUAGCGGAAGGUUCAAUGCAGAAUUCUUAUAAAGUGAAUGAGCAAUUUGACUCGCCUAGAACUUCUUCGGGAAAGAUUGGAUACUGUGAAGAAGGGCCGGCAUGUUGCAGGAGUCAGGAAUCUAAUUUUGAUAAUGCUGAACUGUCUAGGUUGCAAUGUAGCUCUUUGGAUGUGGAUAAAUCUUCACGCAUUCCCCCUGAAGAUGGAAGAGAGUGUCCUAUAGGAGGAUCAAAAUUGCAUUCUGAUCAAGUGGAUGAGCAACUGGACUUGCCUAAACCUUCUUCUGACAAUGUUGAGUGCUGUGAAGAGGCAAAAUUAGUAGACUGCAGGAGCCAGGAAUGUAAUCUUGACAAUGCUCUACAGUCCAAGUCACAACGAAGUUCUCUGGAUGUGGACGAUUCAGCAUGCAUUGACGCCAAUGAUGGAAGAUUAUUGGACUCGCCUAACCCUUCUUCUAGCAAUGUCAAAUGCUGUGAAGAAACUGUUGUAGGACAUUGUAGGAGCCAGGAAUGCAAUUUUGAUAAUGCCCGAGAGGCUGGGUCGCUAUACAACUCCCAGGAUGUAGAUAAGUCUUCAUACGUCCACUCUGAGGACGGACAAUCAUGUCCUAAUGGAAGUUCAGAAGUGCAUUCUGAUGAAGUGAAAGAGCAAUUGGACUUAUCUAAAUCUUCUUCCGACAAUAUGGAGUGUUGUGAAGAAGAAAUAUUAGGAGAUUUCAGGAGUCAGGAGUAUAAUUUUAAUAAUGCUCAAAAGUCAGAGAUGCAACAUGACACCCUGGAUGCGGAUAAUUCAUCAUGCUUUUCUUCUGAAAAUGGAACUUGUUCUGUUGGAAGUUCAAAACUACAUUCCGAUCGAGUAAGUGAGCCGUCGGAGUUGUUUAGGCCUUCUUCUGCCAAUGUUGAAUGCCAUGAAGUAGGACUAGGAGACUGUAGGACCCAAGAUUGUAAUUUUGAUAAUAAUGCAGAAAAGUCUGGUUUAGACAAAAUUUCCAGUUCACCAAUAACGGAAGUAAGGGAGAAAACAUCAGAUAAGAAGCCCUCCACUUCCGUGGAUAACAAGAGGGAUGUUAAUGAAAAAGAAAAAUGCAAUUCACCCCUUCACAUGCCUAUGCCGCAGAUUCAGGUCGACUCAGUGAACGAAGACAAACAUCAUAAAGGUAUAUGUGAAUCUCAAAGUGAAAAGAGAUAUGAUAAAGAAGUAGCUACUUGUUCUUUGCUGCAAAGUGAUGAACCUGUAGAACAAAAUAUUUCUUUGAAAGAUGGAGUGCCGAAUUUGCAGUAUUCCCAUGAAAAUGCAGUUGAAAUUCAACUAGUGGAUACAGACGAUGCAUCAAUUCUGAUAAGAGAUACAGAAACGUUUAGAGAUCAAAUGGUCAUGGCUCCUUGUGUUCCUUCCGCUGGUGAGGGGGAUAGUAAUUUGGAGCAGAAACAAAAAAGUUCAGGCAUAACUCAGUGUGAAGAUUCAGAUUCCUUUGAGGGUUGCACUGAUCACAUGGUCAUGGCUCCUUGUGUUCCUUCUGCUGGUGAGGGGGAUAGUAAUUUGGAGCAGCCACUGAAAAGUUCAGGCAUAACUCAGUGUGAAGAUUCAGAUUCGUUUGAGGGCUUCACUGAGCACUUGAAUGGUAACCAUCAUUACGUAUCAACAGAGUGCCAGACUGCAGAGACAUCAAUAAAGUCAAAAACUUUCAGCUCAGUUUUGAGGGCAUCUAGUUCUGACGAAAAGGAGAUAGAGGUUGAGCUGCAAUUGGACAAUGGUAUUCCAGCGUCUUUAGGCUUGAGGAGUGAGCAACUUCAAAUCAACAGGAGUCCUAUAGAUAAAAACUUGAUGCAGGAAUUUGACACUGAAAAACCUGUCCUUGAACUUCAACGAUUAUCAUUUUGUGAAGAAGGAUACCAACAACCAAAUGUGAGCAUCGGCCCUAUUGAAAUGUUGCUAUUGGAAAAAGAAGCUCGCUUGAUUCAGAGGUCUGAUUCUUCACCCACGCUUCCAGUCAAAGAGGAUCUCUCUCGGUUCGGAAGCAAUAACAGAGGUACACCAUUGCAAAAUGGUAUGCUAGAGAGCCAAAGUUUGGUUCCCGAAGAAAAUUUUCAGUGUGGAGAUAUUGAACUUCCUAUGGAUACUGGGAAAACUGAUGGAAUGGAGGAAAAGGGGAAACUUACUUUGUGCUCGCUUCAUACUCCACUUACCCAAACUUCUCAUUAUCUUGGUGCAGACAAGGAUAUGCCUGCUUUAGAGGGGUUCCUAAUGCGAUCUGAUGACGAAGAGCCAUGCAUUUCUGUUGGUGGAAUCAACUUUGACAAAUUAGAUCUUUCAAAAUGUAUGAUAGAACGUGCUAGCAUCUUGGAGAAAAUUUGUAAAUCUGCUUGUAUAAACAGUACAUUAUCCUCACCUUCAGAAAGUUUUAGGCUGAACAAGGUGACAGAUUUGUACAAUUCUCUUCCUAAUGGUCUACUAGAGUGCAUGGACUUGAAGAAUAACCUUCUGAUGAAUGAUCAAAAUAAGCUACUGAAGGAUGGUAGUAACUCUUUGAAUGGAGAAGUCAACUUCUCUCCUCAUGGGUCUUCUUUUGAUUGCCUGCAAAGCUUUAACAGUCAUUCAGCUGGUGAUCUCAGGAAGCCAUUUGCAUCUCCAUUUGGUAAGUUGUUGGAUAGAAAUUCAUUAAAUUUGUCAAGUUCUGGAAAACGAAGUGGCCAGAACAUAGAGCUUCCUUGCAUUAGUGAGGAAGCUGAGAAUACCGAUGAGAUUGAUAACGAAUUUUCGAAGGAUAUGAGAUCGAGCAAGCGAGCACCACUUGUUGACAUUACAGAAGAUGCAAAUGUUGAGGUAACAGUUUCUGAAGCUGCGGCGGUUGCUGAUAGAUUGAGUUUAGAAUCUUUAAACAUAGAACUCAGCAACACAAGGACUCAUAUUGGGACCAAAGAGAAUCUGGGAAACCAGAAAAGCAGCAAGAGGAAAUAUGUGAAUGAGGCUGUGAGUCGUGAUACCUUGCCAGGAGAAAACGGUGCUAAAAGAGUCACUAGAUCAUCCUAUAAUAUAUUUAGCCGGUCAGAUUUAUCCUGUAAAAAAGAUUUCAGAAAGGAAGGUCCUCGAUUCUCUGAAAAGGAAUCCAAGCAUAGAAAUAUCGUGUCCAAUAUAACUUCUUUUAUUCCUCUUGUCCAACAAAGAGAAGCUGCAACUAUUUUGAAAGGGAAGAGAGAUAUUAAGGUGAAGGCCAUCGAAGCUGCUGAGGCUGCAAAACGCCUUGCAGAAAAGAAAGAAAAUGAACGUCAAAUGAAGAAAGAAGCCCUGAAACUUGAAAGAGCAAGAAUGGAACAAGAGAAUUUGAGGCAGAUUGAACUGGAUAAAAAGAAGAAAGAAGAAGAGCGGAAGAAGAAGGAGGAAGAAAGGAAGAAAAAGGAGGUUGAUAUGGCAGCAAAGAAAAGACAGAGGGAAGAAGAAGAGAGGAAGGAGAAAGAAAGAAAAAGAAUGCGUGUUGAAGAAGUUAGGAGACGAUUACGAGAGCAUGGUGGGAAGUUACGAUCUGAUAAAGAGAAUAAGGAAGCAAAACCCCAAGCCAAUGACCAAAAACCACGUGACAGAAAGGGAUGUAAGGAUGGGACUGUCAAACUGGUCAAGGAAAGUGGCCAUGACAGCUUUCACAAACUCUCAGUUACCGAGUCUAAGACUACUUCUACAAGCGAUGCUGUGAGGGGAAGCUUUGUUGUGGAGGACUCACAACCAACGAGUGUUGAUUUUCUAGAGGCAGAGGCACUUGAAAAUGUGAUGGAACAUAGAAUCUCCGAAACAAGUGAAGAACAAUCAUAUCAGAUUUCUCCUUACAAAGCUUCUGAUGAUGAAGAUGAAGAGGAUGACGAUGACGGCAUACAAAAUAAUAAAUUUGUUCCUUCAUGGGCCAGUAAGGAUCGCUUAGCUGUUCUUUUUGCUUCCCAGAAAAAAUUGGAUCCAGAAAUUAUCUUUCCACCGAAAAGUUUUUGUGACAUAGCUGAAGUUCUCUUGCCUCGACAACAUCAGUCUAAAUAGACAAUAGACCGAACCUUCACAAUGUGGAUAGAUUUUUUAUCUGCAACACAAACAUUCCCCUUUCUGCCUGUGCAAGAGACUUGCCUAGAUUUUGCUGAUUAAUUUCUCAAGGAAUUGCUGCUCAGGUGAUUAGUUUCUUGCUGCUCUUUAACUCUGAAUAGCUAAAUUGAGAUGAUCAUUGUACAACUACGCAGCUUUAUAUGUAGGGUCAAUUUCUUAGCACCAAAAUAAACUAUACAACCCGAUUCUCACCACCCUCCCUCCUUAUGACUGGAUAUCUCAACCAUGAAACAGUCGGGGAAAAAGGCUGUAGUGAAUUCUUGGUGUUAACCUUCCCUUCUUUUGCUUUGGGGUAGGCAGGGGGAGGAUUUAGGUUACUCCAACUUGUAGGUGUAAAGCACUAGUUUCUAACAUAGCUUCUCUAUGUACAAUUUUUUUUUUUAAUAUAUUAUCUAAUGAAGAAGAUGAAAGUGCAGAUGAGAUUGUUCAACUUGAAGAGGCAAAUUUUGAUUAUAUUCUAGAAAAAGAAAUGAGUAACCUUAACGUCGUAACGGCAUAAGCAUUGUUACCUAGGUCUAUGUCGGAGGAAACCAUAGUAUGAAUAAACUUCGGUUGUAUAAACAGUGAUAUGGAAUCACUUCAAGGGAAGUAAGAUUCUGAUUACCUUGUUGA